AUGGGCGGCGGCGGAGGAAUGGGCGACGGUGAAAUGGGCAGCGGCGGAAUGGGCGGCGGCGGAAUGGGAGGCGGCGGAAUGGGCGGCGGUGGAAUGGGCGGCGGAGGAAUGGGCGGCAGCGGAAUGGGCCGCGGCGGCAUGGGCGGCAGCGGCAUGGGCGGCGGCGGAAUGGGCGGCGGCAGAAUGGGCGGCGGCGGAAUGGGCGGCAGCAUGAGCGGACCUGGUUCCUCUGCUCCCUGGUCGCAAUCAACCAUGGGUCCUGUGGGAAACAUGGGUGGUGGCGGAAUGGGCGGCGGCAGCAUGGGCGGCGGCGGAAUGGGCGGCGGAGGGAUGGCCGGCGGAGCGAUGGGAGGCGGAGGGAUGGGCGGUGGAGGCAUGGGCGGCGGAGUAAUGGGCGGCGGAGGCAUGGGCGGGUCAGGGUGGGUUGCUCCAGGGUCGCAGGCAGCACCCGGCCAGGGUGGACCUGGGAUGGGCGGAGGGAUGGGCGGAGGGAUGGGCGGAGGGAUGGGCGGAGGGAUGGGCGGAGGGAUGGGCGGCGGGAUGGGUGGAGGGAUGGGCGGCGGGAUGGGCGGAGGGAUGGGCGGCGGGAUGGGCGGAGGGAUGGGCGGCGGGAUGGGCGGAGGGAUGGGCGGAGGGAUGGGCGGAGGGAUGGGCGGAGGGAUGGGUGGCGGGAUGGGCGGGCCUGGGGACAACAUGGGUGUCAGAAUAUUAUGCUCUAGCCUGUAG